AUGCCGCGCCACCUCUCGGGACUGCUCCUGCUGCUCUGGCUGCUGCUGCUGCUGCUGCCGCCGACCCCCGCCGCCCCCGGCCCCCUGGCCCGCCCGGGUUUGCGGAGGCUGGGCACACGGGGCCCAGGGGGCAGUCCCGGGCGCCGCCCUGUCCCUGCUGUCCCCACCGGCACGCCCUAUUCCGGGGCCGGCCAGCCCGGCGGGGCCCGCGGCGCAGGUGUUUGCAGGAGCAGGCCCUUGGAUUUGGUGUUCAUCAUCGAUAGUUCCCGCAGUGUGCGGCCCCUGGAGUUCACCAAGGUGAAGACCUUUGUCUCCCAGAUAAUUGACACUCUGGACAUUGGGGCGGCGGAUACACGGGUGGCAGUGGUGAACUAUGCUAGCACCGUGAAGAUUGAGUUCCAUCUCCAGACCCACUCAGAUAAACAGUCCUUGAAACAGGCUGUGGCCCAGAUCACACCCCUGUCUACAGGCACCAUGUCUGGCCUGGCUAUCCAGACAGCGAUGGAUGAGGCCUUCACGGUGGAGGCAGGAGCUCGGGGGCCCACUUCCAACAUCCCUAAGGUGGCCAUCAUCGUGACAGACGGGAGGCCCCAGGACCAGGUGAAUGAGGUGGCGGCUCGGGCCCGGGCGUCUGGUAUUGAGCUCUACGCCGUGGGCGUGGACCGGGCAGACAUGGAGUCCCUCAAGAUGAUUGCCAGCGAGCCCCUAGAUGAGCACGUUUUCUAUGUGGAGACCUAUGGGGUCAUUGAGAAACUCUCCUCUAGAUUCCAGGAAACCUUUUGCGCUCUGGACCCGUGUGUGCUUGGCACACACCAGUGCCAGCACGUGUGUGUCAGUGAUGGGGAAGGCAAACACCACUGUGAGUGCAGCCAAGGAUACUCCUUGAACGCCGAUCAGAAGACAUGUUCAGCUAUCGAUAAGUGUGCUCUGAACACUCACGGUUGUGAACACAUCUGUGUGAACGACAGAACUGGCUCUUACCACUGUGAGUGCUAUGAAGGUUACACCCUGAACCAAGACAGGAAGACUUGUUCGGCUCAAGACCAAUGUGCUUUUGGUACACAUGGCUGCCAGCACAUUUGUGUAAAUGACAGAGAUGGGUCCCAUCACUGUGAAUGCUACGAGGGUUAUACUCUGAAUGCUGACAACAAAACGUGUUCAGUUCGCAGCAAGUGUGCUGGAGGCUCGCACGGCUGCCAGCACCUGUGUGUGGACGACGGGCCCGCGGCCUAUCACUGCGAUUGUUUCCCUGGCUACACCCUGAACGAAGACCAGAGGACGUGCGCAGCCAUUGAAGAAGCACGAAGACUCGUCUCUACAGAAGAUGCUUGUGGGUGUGAAGCCACCCUGGCCUUCCAGGAGAGGGUCAGCUCCUAUCUGCAGAGACUGAAUGCCAAACUCGAUGAUAUUUUGGGCAAGUUGCAAGCAGAUGCAUAUGGACAAAUACAUCGUUGA